AUGACGUUUAUGGACGAUUCGAUGAUAGGCCGCUGGCUGUCAGACCUGCCGAUGGACGAUCUAACUCGUAAAUCAACAUCGAAGCCAGAGCUACGUCGUUUUAUCCACCACGAAAAGCCAAUCCGCUAUCUACAUAAUCUCGGUGGAGGCGCCGAAGGUGUAGUUUAUCAUGUUGAGAUUGAAGGUAACAACUACGCUCUUAAAGUAUUCAAACAAUGGACCUACCAAGGGCCCAAGUCGCUCCGCCUGAGGGAGAGAGAAACCCACUACGUGAGUCCUAUAGCAAAUGAAGCAAGGGCAUUCGCUAGGUUAGAUAGUAUUGGUAAAAACGGUACCUGGGCCGUUAAAUGCCAUGGCUGGAUAAAACUUUCCGGUGACCAACGACCCAAGUUUCUACAAGAUUAUACUCCAUGGGCGAUUGUUAAGGACUAUAUCCCCCAUCCUGUGGCUCUUACAGAUGUUCCGGAAAUACGACGCAAGAUGAAGAUUGCUCGCAAAGCACUGCUAUUCCCAGAGGAUGCUCAGCCUAGGAACUAUCGCGGUUCCUUUCUUGUUGACCUUGGUCGUGUCCGCACAUACCCUUAUCCGCGGAGACUAUGGUCAAAUUCUAAGCGUAUGGAGUAUUUCAAGUGGUUCGAUAAAGAUACUAGCGAAUGGGAGGAGUCUGUGCGAGAUGGUUCUGUUAUUGACGGCUGGGUAAAUGAACAACUCAAAGAGGGCAUUUUAGGAGGAAUAGCCUUUGCAGAAGAGUGUGGGGAUCAUUUAAGAGCUAAAGAAUUACGCAUACAAGCCGCAAAAGAGUUCAUGAGCAGGAACCGAACACUAAAGAGAGUGAGACUAUCAAACCAGAUAAAGAAAAGGUCGACAAAUCAUCGAAAAUAA